AUGCCUGUUUUGGUUAAAAUUCUAAUAGCAGUGUCACCGCCCUUCCCCUCACCUACCGGACGGCAACACUGCACGCGGAGGAGGACGAAUCACCGCACCGUCACUUCGCUUGCAAACUCUCUCCAUCAAGCACAGCACAGCUAUUGCUGCUCGCAGACUCGCCACCACAGCUGCCACGCUCUACGCAGAGCGGUCCACGACAAGCUUUGCGCCGUGGAGCUGCAGCUACGGGCGUGCUACCAUUCCCUCGCCGGCGCGUCCUCUUCGACGACAUCGUCCGCCGUAGCAGCGCUCGGUGCGCUCCUCUACGACGCCACGGCGUUCCCGCGAGCCGCGGCCUUCUUCCUGCCGCUGGUGGCCACCACCUCCCUGUGCUGCGUGGUGGCAUGCCUAUUCACCGCCGCGGAGAGGGGCACGACCAAGGAGGCCGCCGUGGAGGUCGUGCUCGUGGGCGGCGAGGGGAAGGCCGAGGCCAGGCUGCUGCAGGUGAAGGACGAUGCCAACGGCAGUGAGCUCCUUCCAGAUCUCAGGCUCCUGACGCGUUUUGAGUUGAGGACAACGACGCCGCCAGUGAUUCGAGCGGAGGUGCCCGCCCUGCUCGCUCGUGCCCGCCCUGCUCUGUCGUGCUCGCUUUGUGGUGCCGCCGUGCCCGCCUUGGUCUUGCUGAGCUCGCCGUGGUGUUGCCGUGCUCACCGUGCUCGUCGUGCUCGCCUUGCUCGUGCUGCUGGUCGUCGUGGUCGCCGUGCUCGUGAUGCUCGCCUUGCUGCUGCCUUGUACCGUCCUCCCGGAAACAAACAGAAGAUGUGCACAGAGCAAAUUGCAAAAUGA